GUGAAAUAAUAAUCAGAAACAGAGUUAGACGUCACAUGCAUUAACACUUACAGAUAUUUUAUCUGAUUGUAGAGUUUCUCUUCACUUUACUCUACAGAGCAGCUUCACAUCAGCACGUCUGUCAUUUUAUCAGUUUUGAAGAGUUUGUCUUUUCAUAUUUGUGGACUGAAACUGAUGAAGAUGUUUCUCCCUGUUUUGCUCUGCUUGUGUUUCUGGCGUCUGGAUGGAGGGUUUGCUGUUGAGUUUGUGUCAGUGUUUGAGGGAGAUUCAUUCUCUAUAAACUCUGAUCUCACUGAAAUAAAGGAUGAUGAUGUGAUUCAGUGGAGGUUUGGAAACACUUUAAUAGCAGAAAUCAAUAAACGGGCCGACAGAUUCACUGUAUAUGAUGAUGUUCUUGAUGGGAGAUUCAGAGACAGACUGAAGCUGGACAAACAAACUGGAUCUCUGACCAUCACAAACAUCACAACUAAACAUGAAGGAGAAUAUGAACUACAGAUCAGCAGUGUGAUCAGAGAGAGUUUCAGUCUCAAUGUCUACAGACUGAAGUCAGUGAUGGAGGGAGAUUCAGUCUCUCUAAACUCUGACACUGAAAUAAAGGAUGAUGAUGUGAUUCAGUGGAGGUUUGGAGAUGAAGACACUUUAAUAGCAGAAAUCAAUGUAACGGCCGACAGAUUCACUGUAUAUGAUGAUGUUCUUGAUGGGAGAUUCAGAGACAGACUGAAGCUGGACAAUCAAACUGGAUCUCUGACCAUCACACACAUCACAACUGAACAUGAUGGACGUUAUGAACUACAGAUCAACAGUGAGAUCAAGAGUUUCCGUGUCAAUGUCGACGGAGCGGUUCGCGAUUUUAGGCCACUGCCAGUGUCAGUGAUGGAGGGAGAUUCAGUCUCUCUAAAGUCUGACACUAAAAUAAAGGAUGAUGAUGUGAUUCAGUGGAGGUUUGAAGAUGAAAACACUUUAAUAGCAGAAAUCAAUAAACGGGCCGACAGAAUCACUGUAUAUGAUGAUGUUCUUGAUGGGAGAUUCAGAGACAGACUGAAGCUGGACAAUCAAACUGGAUCUCUGACCAUCACACACACCACAACUGAACAUGAUGGAGAUUAUAAUCUACAGAUCAACAGAAAGAUCAGAGAGAGUUUCAGGCUCCAUGUCUAUGGACUGAAGUCAGUGAUGGAGGGAGAUUCAGUCUCUAUAAACUCUCGUCUCACUGAAAUAAAGGAUGAUGAUGUGAUUCAGUGGAGGUUUAGAAACACUUUAAUAGCAGAAAUCAAUGUAACGGCCGACAGAUUCACUGUAUAUGAUGAUGUUCUUGAUGGGAGAUUCAGAGACAGACUGAAGCUGGACAAUCAAACUGGAUCUCUGACCAUCACAAACACCACAACUGAACAUGCUGGAGAUUAUCAUCUACGCAUCAACAGUGAGAUCAAGAGGUUCUUUGAUCAAAGGAUAUUUAUUCUCGCUGUCAUUGAUGAAGUGAAGUCAGUGUCAGUGAUGGAGGGAGAUUCAGUCUCUCUAAACUCUGAUCUCACUGAAAUAAAGCAUAAUGAUGUGAUUCUGUGGAGGUUUGAAGAUGGAAAGACUUUAAUAGCAGAAAUCUAUAAAUGGUUCGACAGAUUCACUGUAUAUGAUGAUGUUCUUGAUGGGAGAUUCAGAGACAGACUGAAGCUGGACAAUCAAACUGGAUCUCUGACCAUCACAAACACCACAACUGAACAUGAUGGAGAUUAUAAUCUACUGAUGUAUUCAGGAACAUCAAAAGCAUUCAGAGUUUCUGAACUUGAUAAACUACAGAUUAAGAGUUUUAUUUUUAUUCUCGCUGUCAUUGAUGAAGUGAAGUCAGUGUCAGUGAUGGAGGGAGAUUCAGUCUCUCUAAACUCUAAUCUCACUGAAAUAAAGGAUGAUGAUGCGAUUCUGUGGAGGUUUGAAGAUGGAAAGACUUCAAUAGCAGCAAUCAAUAAAUGGACCGACAGAAUCGCUGUAUAUGAUGAUGUUCUUGAUGGGAGAUUCAGAGACAGACUGAAGCUGGACAAACAAACUGGAUCUCUGACCAUCACAAACAUCACAACUGAAGAUGCUGGAGAUUAUAAACUACUGAUGUUUUCAGGAGGAAGAUUAUCAUCAAAAUUAUUCAGAGUUUCUGUCUAUAACUCUGUCCACUGUUGUGGUCCUACUGAAGCUGUGAUCCGAUUGGUCCUCUCUGCUCUGGUGGGCGUGGCUACUGUCAUCAUUCUGGUUUAUGACAUCAGAUCCAGAAGAGCUGAAUGAGAUCAAGCACAUAUUCACACAUCAGGAAGUACUGAAAUCUAAAGCAGAACGCUGAACUUUAAAGGUU